AUGGCUGCCAAAAGGCCCAACAUCCUUUACAUCAUGGCCGACCAGAUGGCCGCCCCGCUUCUGGCCUUCCAUGAUAAGGACUCCCCCAUCAAAACCCCCCAUUUGAACAAGCUGGCCGAAGAAGGAGUGGUUUUUGAUUCCGCCUACUGCAAUGCGCCGCUGUGCGCGCCCUCCCGUUUCGUCAUGGUGACCGGUCAACUCCCCUCCAAAAUUGGUGCGUACGACAACGCCUCCGACCUGCCCGCCGAUGUCCCAACCUACGCCCACUACCUCCGCCGCGAGGGCUAUCACACUGCAUUGGCGGGUAAGAUGCACUUCUGUGGCCCCGAUCAGCUGCACGGAUACGAACAGCGCUUGACUAGCGACAUCUACCCUGGCGAUUAUGGCUGGUCCGUCAACUGGGACGAACCCGAUAUCCGUCCCGAUUGGUACCACAACAUGUCGUCCGUCAUGGAGGCUGGCCCCGUCGUUCGCACAAACCAGCUCGACUUCGACGAGGAGGUGAUGUACAAGUCGACCCAAUACCUCUACGAUCAUGUGCGCCAGCGCGGCGACCAGCCUUUCUGUUUGACCGUGUCGAUGACCCACCCGCAUGACCCCUAUGCCAUGACCAAGGAAUACUGGGAUCUGUAUGAGGAUGUGGACAUCCCCUUGCCCAAGCACGGCGCGAUUCCCCAGGAUCAGCAGGACCCACACUCCCAGCGGGUGCUCAAGUGCAUCGACCUGUGGGGCAAGGAAAUGCCGGAGGAGCGCAUCAAGGCCGCGCGCCGCGCUUACUAUGCCGCCUGCACCUAUGUGGACACCAAUGUGGGCAAGCUCCUGAAGGUGCUCGACAACUGCGGUUUGCGCGACGAUACCAUUGUGGUGUUUACGGGCGAUCACGGCGACAUGUUGGGCGAGCGUGGCUUGUGGUACAAGAUGACGUGGUACGAGGGGUCGGCACGUGUGCCCAUGAUCAUGCAUGCGCCGAAGCGCUUCGCGGCUAAGCGGGUGGCGGAGAACGUGUCGACGAUGGAUCUGCUGCCGACGUUUGCGGACUUGGUGGGCGCGCCCUUGGUUCCUGGGCUGCCGUUGGACGGCGUCUCGCUGCUGCCAUACUUGACGGGUGGGGACGGCGUCAAGACCGAUACCGUGCUGGGCGAGUACAUGGCCGAGGGCACUCAGUCGCCGACCGUCAUGAUUCGCCGCGGACAGUGGAAGUUCGUCUACUCACUGAUCGACCCCCCGAUGCUGUUCGACGUGGUUGCCGACCCGGAGGAGCGCGUCAACCUGGUCGCAGGCCUGCCAGAUCCAUCCAAGCUCGUCGCUGUCAAUGGCAAGGGGACAGGCUUGCCCACCCCGAAUGACUUCCCGCGCGUUUCGCGUGGCCCUGACGGCACCUCGUCCUUCCCCUUCCCGACCCCACCACGCACCCCAAGCCCCUCCAAGCACUCUUCGGUGUUGCCUCAAACCAGCGACCCCGCCACGCUCCUGGCACACUUUGUCGAGGAAGUGCACACUCGCUGGAACCUGGAGCAGAUCCGCGAGGACGUUCUCCGCUCCCAGCGCCGCCGCCGACUGGUCUACUCCGCCUUGAUCAAAGGCGUGCCAUCGGUCUGGGACUACGAGCCCCGCAUCGACCCCAGCACGCAGUACGUGCGCAACCAGGGCAAGGGGGCGUUGGACGAUGUGGAGUUGAUUUCGCGGUGGCCGCGGGUGUUGCAGCAGGCGGCGAACGCUAUUGGGAGGGUGUAG